GGGGAGGGGGAGGCGGUGGGGGUUGCCGGGGCGCCGCUGCCCGCCCCGCGCCCCUUGCGCUCACCUUGGUGUUGGAGGGGAGGUGCGCGGCAGCCGGUGUUGGAAGGAGAUAGCGCCUGGAGGUGAGGGGAGCGCGGCCGGAGUGGUGUAGGUUUUUUAUUGGAGGCUGUGGAACUGUUCUUUCUUGGCUCCUGGUCCAUGAGAUCAACUAUGGAACAUGAUCAAGAACAUGAAUCAUGUUGUGAGCAAACCCAGAGGUACUGUGUGGAGAGGCCAAUCUACAACCAAGAGCUCUUGCAAGGACAUCUGCACCGCCGAGAAAGAGCACCUCAGACUCUAGGGCAGAGGAUUGCACAGUCGUGUCGUUGUUCAUCUAAGAAACUCAAGUCUCGUCUUUACAGUUGCUUACCAAUUUUACAAUGGCUUCCUCGUUACCCAGUGAAGGAAUACUUACUAGGGGACAUUAUCUCAGGUAUAAGCACUGGGGUUAUGCAGCUUCCUCAAGGUUUGGCAUAUGCUUUGCUGGCAGCUGUUCCCCCCGUAUUUGGCCUAUAUUCUUCAUUUUAUCCUGUCUUUCUGUAUACUUUUUUUGGAACCUCCAAGCACAUAUCAAUAGGCACUUUUGCUGUGAUUAGUAUGAUGGUUGGUGGUGUUGCUGUGAGAGAAGUGCCUGAUGAAAUUAUUUCUACAGGCUAUAAUUGCACUAACAUUACAGAUUCCCUUGACUGUUACUCUGCCAGGGAUGAAAAGAGGGUCCAGGUAGCUGUGACUCUCGGCUUUCUUUCAGGAAUUAUCCAGUUGUGUUUAGGUCUCCUUCGAUUUGGAUUUGUAGCCAUCUACCUAACAGAGCCCCUAGUGCGGGGAUUUACUACUGCUGCUGCAGUCCAUGUCUUCACUUCUCAGUUAAAGUAUCUCCUGGGCAUUAAAACUAGCAGAUACAGUGGACCCCUCUCAGUUGUGUAUAGCAUAGCAGCUGUGCUUUCAAAAAUAACAACAACCAAUAUUGCUGCAUUGAUUGUUGGAUUAAUAUGCAUUGUUCUGCUGUUGAUUGGCAAGGAAAUCAAUCUCCGGUUUAAGAAGCAGCUUCCAGUUCCUAUUCCUAUGGAGAUCAUUGUGGUAAUUAUUGGCACAGGAGUUUCAGCUGGAAUGAAUCUGAGUGAAUCAUACAAAGUGGAUGUUGUUGGUAAUAUUCCUCAAGGGUUACGUGCACCAGCAGUUCCUGAGCUCCAUCUCAUCCCAGCAGUAUUUGUGGAUGCAAUAGCAAUAGCAAUAGUUGGAUUUUCAAUGGCUGUAUCAAUGGCCAAGAUCUUUGCCCUUAAACACGGUUACGACAUUGAUGGGAAUCAGGAACUUAUUGCCUUGGGAAUAUGCAACUCUGUGGGGUCAUUUUUCCAGAGCUUUUCAAUCACUUGCUCAAUGUCUCGGAGUCUUGUUCAGGAAAGCACUGGUGGGAAAACUCAGAUUGCAGGUACUCUCUCUUCAAUUAUGGUUCUGUUGGUAAUUGUGGCUAUUGGAUACCUCUUUGAACCACUUCCACAGACAGUGCUAGCUGCCAUUGUCAUGGUGAACCUGAAAGGAAUGUUUAAACAGUUUGGAGAUGUUGCACACUUCUGGAGAACCAGUAAGAUUGAGCUGGCCAUCUGGGUCGUAGCUUUUGUGGCUUCACUUUUCCUGGGACUAGACUAUGGUUUGCUCUCUGCAGUAGCAUUUGCAAUGAUAACUGUUAUUUACAGAACACAAAGCCCUCAGUACAGAAUCCUUGGUCAGAUUCCUGACACUGACAUCUACUGUGAUGUGGAAGAGUAUGAAGAGGUUAAAGAAUAUCCUGGAAUAAAAAUAUUUCAAGCUAAUGCACCACUUUAUUUUGCCAAUAGUGAGUCAUAUACAAGUGCACUGAAGAAAAAGACUGAAGUAGACCCAUGUGCCAUAUUAGCAGCAAGGAGAAAAGCCCAGAAGAGGCAUGCCAGGGAAAUAAAGAAGGCAAAUAAACCCAGAAAGAAAGCUGUGCUGAAGCUAAUGAAUUCUUCGAAUAAGGACAUGGAAGCAAGUGUAAAGCAUGAGAUAGCAAAUGAGGAGUUACCUGUAAAUGGAAAAUUUGCAUCUGCAGUGUCUGGUUUACAAGACACAUCUGAUGACUGUGAACGCUUUGUGGAGCCCAAGGCAAACAUCCACUCUCUAGUUCUGGAUUUCACCCCAGUGAACUUUGUGGAUUCAGUUGGAGCAAAAACAUUAAAAUCAAUUAUAAAAGAAUACAAAGAAGUUGGUGUCGGUGUCUGUAUUGCCUGCUGUAGUGGCCCUGUGCUGACUGAGCUGACAAGACUGAAUUUUUUUGAUAACACUGUAACAAGAGAGCUGCUGUUUCACAGUAUCCACGAUGCUGUCCUUGCCUGCCAAGUGAAAGCCAGAUCUAUUUCACAGACUGACUUUGAAGAGCAGCAUUGAUGCUGACGGGAAACUCUUACUGAAUAUUUAAUCUGCACAGUUUAAGAAGAGCUGAAGGCUGUUUGUAUCUACGGGUAUAGGGUGAUGCUUGAUUUCCAUUGGAAGAGUGGAUAAAGAAUUAGAAGCCUUCAUUCUCUUGAAUUUUUUCCUUCAGUCAGGGUAUAGCCUUUCAACAACAUACAAGCACAAAAUUAUCCAAGACAAGAAAAUUCAGUGUAUUCUGCUACAAUCAUAAUCUGAUAGGCAAGGUAACAUUCCUAUUCCUGCUGAGAAAAUGGGCACUUUAACUCACUAUGAGGUGGGAUCUUGCAGGAAAUAACUGUUCUGCAAUUGCAACGCACUGUACCAGUGUCUUUAAAGAACUUGGUUAGAUGGCUUUUAAAGCCUGAUGUCAGCAUCUGCAUACAAAAGAUUCAUAUAAAUUAUGAUAAUCUGCCAUCUGGAUUGGUGGAUUCACACUGGUGGCGUUUGGCUGCUACUCUUUAUAAACAUGAAUGGUACAGUUGUGCUUUUUUAACAUCUAACCUGUCUAAACUAUACUGAACUUUUCAUUGCCAGAAUGUUCCCUCUCUAGGGGAACUUCAAAUUAGAAACCAUAACUUUUAAUUAUUACAUGAGUAAUAUGACACUUUCACUGCCAAAACCUAAUGAAACUUUCUAGAAAAGAAUACAGUUGAACUUAAGCUAAAAUAAGUUUAGCUUCAGAGUUUGAAGAGGAAAUUGGUUUGAGGCAGGAGUGAAGCCUGUUAAAAUUAAAUUUACAACGAUGCCCUGUCUCUUAAGAUGGGAUAAAAAUGCAGAUGAAGGCUAAAGACUCAGUGGUCAAAAAAAAAUCUGUUUCUAUACAUAUCUAUAUCUAUAACUGAGAUAGAUAUCUUCCUACCAGCAGUGCUGUUUCUGCCUCAGCUUUUAAGUGCUUUUUGAAAUAGGUUUUAGCAAAACUCAAAGAUGUUACAUUUGGGUUUUUUUUUUCUUAAGGAAAUAGUAGGGGGGGUGUUGUGGUUUUGGGUUUUUUUCUUCCCCCUUUUCACAACCUGACUGCUGUGGUACUGCCUCCCUUCAGGUGUGAGACAAAACUAUGGAAAUAUAACUCAAGCCAAAGAAAAAAAUUGUCAUUGCCUGUAUCUCCCUAACAACAAUCACUGAUUCUGAGCAGAGAAAGGACCUCAAAGUGUUUCUGUGUAGGUUACAUCCACAGCACAAGGGACCUGGAGCAUCAGUGACAUUUCACUUAGGACCCCCAAAUCAAAGGUCCAGUGCAUAAGGGAAUUCAGACAGCUUCUCUUCUGAUUGCAGAACUUUAUACGUUUUGGGUUGUUUUGGUUUUUUUCCUUCAAGCCCUUUUGUGAUUAGAGCUUGCUUCAGGUAAACUGAGUUUCCCAGAACUGGGGGCAGAAUUUUGCUUUUCUUCAGACUCCCCUGCCAAUAGGGAUAGGAAGCUUUCUGCAUCAGAAAUUACAGCUUAGCUGGAGUUCAACA